UUCACAUACUGGGUCAUCCUCUUCUUCAAUAACAACUUCUAUUUCACCUAUUGCAGCUCAAAAAGUGGGUCAACAUUAAAAGUUAUGCUUGGGAAAGUAGUUGGUAGUGUUAGCGAUUUAUGGACUGCUCCAGGCAUUAAUAAUAAUCCUUCAAGUACUUUAUCUAGCUCUAGUUUAAAUGGCACAAAUAAUAGUAGUAGUAGUAGUAGUAGUAGUAGAUUACAACAUGCUGGGAAUGGAAAAGCUAAAAUAUCUUCACCUUAUAAUAUGGUUCAUGUUACUCAUGUGGGUUUUAAUCCAGACACAGGAGAAUUUACAGGAAUGCCAAGGGAAUGGCAACUUUUACUUCAACAAAGUGGGAUUACCAAAAAAGAACAGCAACAGAAUCCUCAGACUGUAUUGGAUAUAUUAGGAUUUUAUAAAGAUUCUAAAGAACAAUCAUUGGAUAUGGUUUGGGAAAAAUUUGAUAAUGUUCAUCCAAAAACUUAUAAACUACCUAUUCGGUCUACACCUCCGCCAUUACCGCAAAGAACCAAACCGCAUCAAAGAGCAGUAAUGUCAACACUUCUUCAAUACCAUCUAUCACCACAGCACCACCUAUACCAGCACGUCCAGAUAUAUCAUUAAAUAAAGUGCCUCCACCGAAACCUCCGUUAUCAACAAAGCCUUCUAUAUCAUUGAGAACUAAACCAGCCCAUAAUACAACAUUAAUCACUUCUGUCCCAACUACUACACCUACACCACCUCCUAGAACUAAACCAUUGACACCACCUAUUAUUUCAAAUGGAAUUACACCAAUUCGAGCCACUUCUUCAGUUUAUAUUGCAUCUUCUGCAGCUCCACUAGAUCCAGCCUUAGAUAAUACUUUACAGGAUAAA